UGCGAGAAGACAAGAAAGUGUCAGUGCUGCCGGCUGUGUCAAUGAAACUUCUUCUGUAACAUAAUUAUGUAGCUUAAAUUUCCAUUUGAAAGAAAAACCUCUAAUGCCGGUUAUGUCGGACGAAGAACGACUCAUGGUUCAAGCCCUCGCUUUAGAUUUUGGUAACGAUGAGGACUAUGAACUGGACGUUCCCCCAACCACCGGACAAGAAUAUUUACGUCGGGUGCAGUAAAUAUGAAGCCAGAAAAUGUCCCCAAGUGGUAGUUGCUGAUAUUGACAGAAAGGCAUUCUUAAGGAAGCAGACAGUCAAAGUUACCAAAUCCAACGGUUGCCAACCAGCUCCUCAUGGUUACACGGAAGAUCUUCAUUGGCAGGAGACUCAAACCGCCAACUUUUCUGAUGUCAGACAGAAAUUAGUUCAGUACAAAGCAAGGCUAAAACAACAAACCCCACCUCCCGCUCUUCAUUAUAAAGGAGCACCAAUAAAAUUGCCACAACCAGACUAUCCUGAAGGGUGGUGCAGGCUGUGUUUUGGGAAGUUUCCUGGACAGAAGAUAGAUAGCAGCACUGUAGAAGAGGAGACUGGUGAUGAUCAAGAGAAGUAUCCUGAUGGGACACCUCCAUUAGUUAGCAUAAUUGCCUCAAUGGAUCAGCCAGCUGUGUUGAAAGUACUUGAAUAUCAUUUAAACUGGUUUGAAGCCACAGGGUUUUCACAAGAGCAGGGGCGUUGGUUCUAUGCUUUGUUGGCAAGUCUUGAGAAACCCCUCACGCCAGAAACCUGCUCAUUGUUAAGAACUCUGGCCAGGAACUGCUCCAGUCUUAGGGCAACACUGCCCUCUCCACAACAUCCUUUAUUGCGGCCACUUAAUCUACUAAUUACACUGGUCGCCAGGUAUUUUGGACAGAUAGACCUGGCAGAUAAUGGAUAAAACUGGUUGCUGGUUAUUUAAGGCAGAUAAAACUAGCUGGCAGACGCUGAAAAAAGCUGGUUGCCAGGUUAUUCUAGGCAAAAGGACCUGGCAGAUGAUGUAUAACCUUUUAAGUCAUAAUGGAGAAAUUCCAUUAGCUGUGCUAUUCUAACUUUUUAUCUUUGAAGUCAGGGGAAUCAUGUGGUGCUGUAAUUUGUGUAAAUAUGUGAUUUUUUAAUAUCAGAAUAAAGCAAUUUUAUUUUA